CAUUGAUCAGUACAAAGUCAUGAGACAGCUCAAGCAUCACGAAAAGAAGUUGUUGAAGAAGGUCGACUUCUUGCAAUGGAAGAAAGAUGACGACGUAAGAGAGAUCAAGAUCAUUCGACGUUAUCACCUUCAAAAACGAGAAGAUUAUCACAAGUAUAACAAGUUGGCAGGUAACAUCAAACAACUCGCCAAUCGGAUAUCGCUGCUCGACCCACGAGACCCAUUUCGAGCACAUAAAGAAAAGGCACUGUUAGACAAAUUGUAUUCCAUGGCCAUUAUCACUUCCACAGCCAAGUUCUCGGACUGCAACAAAGUCACUGUAUCAGCUUUUUGUAGACGAAGGCUUCCUAUCGUCAUGUGCCGACUGAAAAUGUCAGAAACUGUCAAGGAGGCGGUCACUUUUGUGGAACAGGGGCAUGUUCGUGUCGGUCCCGAGACGAUCACAGACCCUGCAUUUCUCGUUACAAGAAAUCUGGAAGAUUUUGUGACAUGGGUCGAUACCUCCAAGAUCAAGAGAAAGAUCCUCAAGUACAACGACAAGUUGGACGAUUUCGACUUGUUGUAAAAAAAAAUUGUUUGGCGAGGAUACAUUGUUUAACAUGGUCGGCUGCGCCAAGCUACUUAUUGUCAGUCUUCCCUUCUCUCCCAUUUUGCUGUCAUCGUUGUAAUAUACUCGUCUUUUAUCGGACUUUUUAUGGAGCCAUCAACAUCCACUACACCCUGCAUCUCGAAAUCAUACUGCUUUUUGUAUGAAUAAAGUUAACCCAUUUCACCAAACCCCC